AUGGACUACACCAGUGCUUACAAGAUAUCCACUGAGGCCAUCGAACUUCUGCCUAGAGUCCAUAGCAGGUCGUUGGACAUCCAAGAUCAGCAAUACGUCUUAUCUCUUUUCUCAGGACUGGCUACCAAUGCAUGCUCUCUCGCCCUUCAAACAGGAGAACCUCCGGGCAAGGCGGUCGAAUUAUUAGAACGAGGACGUGGAGUUAUUCUCAGUCUCCUGAUGGACGACCGAAGUGACGUUACUGGAUUGAAGGCGGUUGAUCCCACGCUCUAUACACAAUAUGAGGGCUUUCGCACGGAAGUGAAUAGAUCAAUAAGCGAUAUCAAAGACCAGAGACUACAACAAGUUGCGGUUAAGCGACGACCGGAGGCCAUCAAAGAUCUGGAGAAUUGCAUUGAGGACAUUCGGGAGCUUCCUGGGUUUGGUCAAUUUCAGAAAGCUCCCACAGUGGAGCAAAUGAAGAAGGCUUCGGAGGGUGGCAAUAUCAUCUUUGUCAAUAUCACUGAUCUAAGAAGCGAUGCCUUAAUUAUUUCAGGCAUUGGAAUCAGUUCAGUUCCACUUCCUCGAUUCAAUGCCUCCCACGCAAAGAGUUGGAUCGAUAAGGAUCUCACGACGCCUUCAGCCAUUGAUGGUGUCAAGAACGGAAAGAAAAAUAAGCUCUAUUGCAAGUUCUUGUCAUGGCUAUGGCUAGAAUGUGUGAAUCCCAUACUCCAAGAGGCUCGGUACAAACUCCAGUCAACUAUAGACCAAUUAAAUAUAGACCAGCUUCCUAGAAUAUGGUGGAUCGGAACUGGACUCGCUAGCUCUUUCCCAUUUCAUGCUGCAGGUGACAACUUACUUGGCUCAACGGAACGCACAUGUUACUGGGCAAUCUCAUCAUACACUCCAUCUAUAAAGGCUCUCAUGUACGCAAAAGAACGCGCUUCUACCAUCACUACGUCAAGCAGCAACGACCGCAAGCUGCUUAUUAUUUCGAUGCCUACAACACCGGCUGCAAGUAAAUUGUCAAAAGUGGGCGAAGAGACGGCCGCAGUUAUAAAAGCUCUAGAAGGGUCUGUUUCCGUGGAGGUCUUGGAGCAGCCUGAUGUUGCGAGCGUGUUACACCAGAUCCAGGAAUGUACUAUUGCCCACUUCGCCUGCCACGGAGUAUCAAACCCUAUCGACCCUUCCGAGAGCGGGCUGUUACUCCAGAAAUCUACUACAGAGCCGAUACAGGACAUUCUUAGUAUUCGUAAGGUGUCUCAGACUCAUCUGGCUGGUGGCGAGAUUGCGUACCUCUCUGCUUGUUCGACAGCGGAGACUCGGGCUGCGAGGUUGGUGGAUGAAGUGUUACAUAUAGUUAGCGGGUUCCAAAUCGCUGGGUUCAGACAUGUAGUUGGAUGUUUAUGGCCAUCUAGUGAUAGUGUUUGUGUGGAGGUUGCCAGGUUAUUCUACUCUGAACUUGGGCAAGGACAAAACGGUAUGCCCUAUGAGGAUAGAGCUGUUGCAGUGGCACUGCAUAAAGCCGUGAUGAAGGUAUGUGAGAGCAAAGGGUACGGCGGGCGACGGCUAGGAGAGGCACCACUAAAAUGGGCACAGUAUGUGCACUAUGGAGCAUAA